AUGGGCUUGACAAUAAUAAGAAGAGCAAGUCCCGAUGAUGGAGACAUAACCAUCUUGAUGACUAUAACCUCUACUUAUACCUUGGGCGAUUCGGAGACAUUACCUGUUUCUACUCCAACUUCUUCUAAGUCCACUUCUAUAGUUUACAAAACUACAACUUUGGUAACUUCCGUCACGUCCAAGAGAAGUUCCACUACUACCUCGAGUACUUUUGAUCACAGUUCAUCAUUAGAAUCAUCAAUGUUUGAAACAGAAACUGAAGAUUCCAGUCCAAUCUCUUCUAACAUUUCAAACAGCAGUCCCUCUCCUAGUGCCUCUAACAUAGCGUUAACUUUAGAUAGAGAUGUUGACGGAUCGGGUAAGUCCACCAAAUUAGGUUUGGCUGUAGGUUUGCCUGUCUCUAUAUUUGCUGUGUUCUUGUUUGUUGCCUUGGGGUUCUUUCUUCUAAAAAGAAAACUGGACAAAAAGAUGUUAGAAUACGAGAACGAAUAUUAUAGUUACCCUCCUGAUAGGUCGCCUAUCACCAAACUUGCUAAAUCGAGGAUUCAGCCAACAGUAUCAAUGGUUCCUGAAAAUGCCACCAAAGAAACUCAAGAAGCUUUUGACGCAUCUUCCAUCUACUCUACAUUACAUAGUACUCCUCGUAUAUUACCUGGUCCUCAAAGAAGAGCUUAUCGCAAUUCCAUUGGAAAUUUCUUCAAGGAUAGGCUAAGCAAAGUAAUCAAAGUUCAGGAUAUUCGAAUGGGAGAAGAAAAUUCGAUUGACUCAAGGUUAAAUUCGCACCCCAAUCUUCUGCGUUCGUCUAUGUUCAUGUCUCCUGUAUUCCUAAAAAGGUUCCAUUUAGGGAAAGGUGCCAAUAAGGAAACCAAAAACGAUGCCAACACUAUUCAACCGCAGCUUGUUCCAAUGCCAUAUUCAGAACAGACUAUUCAAUUGGGACCAGUCGGCAGUAGAAGAGAUGGAAGGAUCAAUAGAGCCAAGCUGAAGUUGACUCUCCCUCCUAUCAUAAGCAAUGGUGAAAACGAACAAGAAGAAAAACCUCAAGAACACCAGAAUGUCCAUGUCGUGGUUCAAGACUAUAGAAGGAAGUUGAACGACGAGUUGACUAUAGCAGUUGGUCAGGACGUAGCAGUCAUCGGCAAGAUUGUAGAUGGCUGGUGUAAAGUAAGGCUCUUAGGACGAGACAUUGAUUUCCUCCAGGGCAAGAACUCCAGGAUAGAAGGAGUGGUGCCCGCUUACUGUUUGCAGAAAUUGUAA